UUCUUACCGUCGACAGUGUACGUUGUUGUGCUGCGUCUUUUCGUGGGAAGCGGUUGAAAUCAACAGCGGGCGGUCAAUCCCACCCCUACACGCGUUCCAGUCGCAACGAAACAGCGCAGACGCAUUCAGACCUUCAAAAUCCCACUCGACACGAAGUGAGUUGGAGUCGUCUCGUCCGUCCAUCAGCGGUUAGCUACAGAUCACAUGCACACCGGUGGCGUCUAGUGUCGGAUGGUGCUGAUCCGACGUUGCUGCAGCUGCAAACGGUGAACCGUCUACCUUUCUCGGCAGAUGGGCGGCAGCUGGACUGCAAAACUGCUGCCGACGUGUGGUUGCACAAACGGAAGGCUUCUUUGAAGUUUCGUCGAAAUUUCUUCGUCCAGCCACAGCAACAGCAAUACUGCGCCGUGUUUGAUCUAGUGCAUUGUGGCUUGAAAGUGCAUUCUACACCGCAUUUACCGUGAAGCAACACUUCACGUCCAAACAAAGCAAUCGCAAAUUAGCCAACCAGACCAGCCGGCUGGUGUUGGUGCGCGUAUCCCCUCCGGCGGUUGACUUCUCGCGAUAGUGAUCGAUUUUUUCGACAUCAUUCCUCGUCGAAAGCAGUUCACGUGCCGGUGCAGGUAAAGUGAAUUUCUAUUUCAAUCGGUGCGUGCGAAACCAACAUAACAACACAACGCAACGCGACCAUUUGCUUCACGAUCGGUCAUCAAUCGAUUUGUUCGUUUGGAUGAUUUGUGGUUGUUGAUCGGUACGCGGGCGCAGUUAGCAUACACAAUUCCGUGUUUCGUGAGUGUCAAAAGUAAAAGUGGUCAUAAUUUUACACGUCCUAUGGGUGUGCGAGAAGCAGCGUAAUUUUGCGUAGGUUUGUGUGCGCAUAUUUGGGAGCAGUUGUCAACAGGUGUUGUGAAAGUGAAGUCCUUUUUUAAAAAAAAAAAACCUAUACGGAAAGCAUACACAAUUUGUGGUGAAAGAUAUUAAAGUGAGUCGCUAAACGAUCGUAAACAAAUACAAGAUGGCGCGCGGUGUCGGCCCGGGACCCGGUUUGCCCGGGUUGGCCAGAUUAAUGGUACUUCUGCUGUUGCCGCUUCUACACCUCGAGGCGGAAGCACAUGUCGCACUAACGUUUCCGCCCGCUCGCAAGUAUGAUUUGGACUUUCUGGACAACUCGCGCACGAAACCGCCAUGCGGAAUGCCGAAAGGUUCAUUGAAAACUUCGUUCAUCGAGGGUAGCACCUUCAACGUUUCGUGGCAUCUUGCCUAUCCGCAUCGGGGUGGCUUCCGACUGGAGAUACUUGAUACGAGGGAGAAACCAGUACUGAACCUAACACCAAGCAGCAAGGAAAAGCGUUUUGUGCGUGAUGAUGCCACUGCUCAGCAGUUCCAGGUAUCACUUCCAAGGAACUUCACCUGUCGAGACUGUACACUACGGUUGGUCCGCCAGGCUGACGAAUGGGGCGGUAACUACCGAUUCUGGUCGUGCGCCGACGUGGAUGUCGUUCCAAGACGCGAACACCACGAAACCUGCUCCGGACAUGGGAAAUUCAUCGCACGUUGUAAGUGUGAUCGUAAGUACUACGGACCACGGUGUGAAUUCUGGGAUGAGUGUGUUACGAAUCAGGAUUGUGGAAUUCAGGGUACCUGCGUGGACUUGGGCGGAACCGCACUGCCACGUCGCCAAUGUUACUGUCGGUUGGGUUGGUUUGGACCGGGAUGUAACAAGAAAUCGCCCAUUAAGUCAACCGAUAUUGACUACUCAGUGUACAAGGCGAAAACACUAUCACCGGACCUAAACGUCUAUUGGCGUGUGCUAAAAGAGCAAAGUGAACUAGAAGUCAUUCUCAAGGUGAAUGGUACUUCCUGGGUAGCGUUGGGUUGGAGACCACGGAAACUGACCGCAGAAUGUAAGAACUUCCCGCUAAUCGCUGCACCAGGAGCUGCUGCACCAUCGGAAGCUGGAGUUGCCGAACCGGAACCGGCGAGCGAACCAACAUCUGAGCCAGAACCCAACUCUGAGCCGGAACCGGGAGCAGAACCAGCGGCAGAACCGGGUGCAGAACCAGGCGCUGAGCCGGAGCCCAAGUCAGAGCCUGAGCCUGCAUCGGAACCUGGAGCAGAACCUAACGCAGAACCAGAGCCGAAAAGUGAACCUGAACCAGGUGCGGAACCAACCUCGGAACCGGUUAGUGAACCAUCGUCCGAACCCUCGUCCGAGCCAGAAUCUAAAGCAGAGCCAGAGCCAGAACCAGGGGCAGAACCUGGCGCAGAACCAGAACCCAAAUCGGAACCAGAACCGACUGGAGAACCAGAACCAGAGAGUGUUACCGAACCCACUGCAGAGCCGCAGGGUCAGAGUUCGAAAAAAUCAAAGCGUGCUGCUGCCACAACCCCUGCCGCAGAACCCGAACCAGAACCGAAAACAGAGCCUGCCUCAGAGCCAACUUCAAAACCGAAACCAAAACCAACGGCAGCAGCAGGUCCGAAGCUGAAACUUAAUCCGUAUACUCCUCGCCACGACUUUAACCCGAUGGACUGUACCGACAUUGUGAUUGGUACGGCUCGUGGUGACAACCAUCGUGUUUGGGAUUAUUACACCCGUGAUCGAUCGACGCCACGGAUGGACUCUUUCUGGGGUGGCAAAUCGGACCUAACGGCAACGGGAGGAUUUGAGCGGGACGGUGUCACGACUAUUGUGUUCCGUCGGCCACUGACUGCAGCCGAACCAACCGAUCAUUCGAUUGUGGAUGAUCUAAUGCAUGUGAUAUGGGCACGCGGACAGGAACCGGGUGCUUACGUACAUUCGCCACCCUCCGGCAUAGAGAAGGAGAUGGCAUCGGUGCGUGAAUUCUAUCAGCCGGAUGAGCUGAAGUACCAUGGACAUCGUAUGCAGCGUGGAGUGACGCAGAUCAACUUUCUCGAAGAGGAACGUAAGGUGCCGGCCGCGACGUCAGCUGCGGGAGUCACAGUAACACCGGAAGGAACGGCCACUAGUGGUGAUGGUGUGAUUGUACCAGCUGGACCAGUUGGACAUGAGUUGGACAAUGAGUGCCACGGAUUCUACAAGUACCCGCGGACAUGUGAUCCCGAACAGGCCAAUUGUGAGUACUUCCUCAGCUGGCAGACGGUGGCGCGAGGUGAAGCGGUACACUUCCAUCUGGAGACGAAGCAUACGUCUAGCUGGACAGGUGUAGGUUUCAGCGAUGACCAGCGCAUGUCCCAAACGGAUGCAAUUAUCGGAUGGGUGGAUAUGAAUGGGCGCCCAUUCUUGAUGGACACCUGGAUCAAUGGCUAUUCGGCACCAAAGUUGGACGACCGACAGGAUUUGUACAAUGCUUCUGGAGCUAUCCAGAACGGACGAACUGUACUAGACUUCACUCGUAAGCGGAUCACUGGGGAUGAAAGCGAUCUGGCAUUUGCGGAGGACCGCUGUCUAUACAUGAUGUUCCCGAUUGAGGGUGGUUUGUUUAAUGAGGUUAACAAAAAGCUCGGUAAACACGCGUCUGUACCGGUUGUGACAGAUACACGCGUCUGUAUCAAAUCGUGCGCGAAACAGUUCGAGCAGUUGCUAACGGUGCCUGCCACACCAGCACCGGACCGUAUCGCUUAUGGAGCGUCGAUCAAGCUGACGAAUCUGGCAGCUGGUUUCCAAGUUCCGGCCAGUGGUACACCGGAGCAUCGUGAUCUAGCGCGGUCAGUUAGAGACACGUUCAACGGCGUGCUGCGCGAGGUGCCCGGCUUUUAUCGAACGGAUGUGCAGGAGUUUGAGAUGGACGCUGAUGGUAGUGUUGUAGUGCGGAUGAAUAUUCUGGUCGAUAAGGAGCUGAAGGAUGGUACUAAGAACCCGUUAGCUGACGAUCCGGCUAAACUGGAACUGACCCUGCACAAUCUAAUGGUGAACAAUCUAUCGUCGGGUAAGGUGGGUGCGUUAUCAGUUGAUCCCACUUAUCUGGAAUUCACUCAACUAGAAGGGCAAGCAUCAUCGCCCAAGGAGGAAUACGAUCUUUUACCGGCUGGUGUACGAUUGUAUCUGAUUCUGGGAUGCAUUGCUGGUCUGGUAUUUAUUGCCAUCGUUCAAGCGACUUGCACAAUCAUUAAAACGCGAAGAACAAAUCGACUCAAGGAUCAGUUGAUCCCCAACUCAGCAUGGAAGGAUUACUCCUCAAACACUAACUACGCAUUCGACAAUUUUGAACCUGAAUCCAAAACACACCACAAGGGACGUUCAUCGGACCGUGGGUACAGCAAUGGCAACAGUCAACAGACCACCUUGCAGAUGUCGCACUCGCCGAACAAGUCGCAGUACUACGAGAUCGAUCGUACGGACGGAGGCGGAAUGCCUACUCACCGAAAUGGUAACUCUGGAUAUCCGUACCCAUCGGGACAACCGCGCCACGGAUACGAUCGUACCGGAGAUCGAUCCUCGUAUGCCGACCGGGCGUAUUCGUUGCCCCGUCCUAUGCAUCAACAGCAGCAGCAACAGCAAAUGCAACAACGACAUCAUCAAGAAAUGCAAUCACGACCCACAAGCGACUAUUACACGCAGGACCGCCGUGGCAAAUCGCGCAACAGUGGUAACCAUUAUUCGGGUAAUGGACAUCCACAUCAGUCUCAGCAUCAACAUCAACAGCAGCAGCAACAGCAGCGACCAAUGCCGGACUCUUCCGAUCUUUACUUUACACCAACGCAACGAAAGUACUCCGGGGAGGUCGUGCGAGUGUUUGUCGAUUACAACAAAGAUAAGAAGUAAAACUCCUCGGACUACAAUAGAUCAAAAUAUUCGUCUUUUCGGUGGGAGGCAAACCGAUUAUGGCAUAACUUCCUUCUCGACAACAUUCUUGUCCUGAGGAGAUGUUAAGAUGUUCAGUUUAUACCGCAUAAGCUGGACAGUGUGACAGUUACGAUCCUGUAACUCCCGUUUCUUUCCCACGUAUCCUCCACGAAAAUCUGUCACUUAGGAAGGAUGAAGGCUCACCAUAAAACAAACGCAACUAAAUACUCCUCUCAUACGUGACGAGCUGCGGACGAGCGAAAUUCGUCCAUCUCACACUGUACAUAAUAUGUGUUUACUAUUCAUUUUUGUGUCUAUUUCUUCUUUAAACCCCCUCGUAGCGAGAUCCAUUUUGUUUAAGUUAAUGUUUGUUUCGGGUUUUUAAUGAUGAAUUUUAUGUUGAUACCGUGUACAAUGGAAAACGCGACGCUGCCAUGCUGCAAAUAAUGCAGAACCCAGUCCAUGCCAGUGUCUAUCGUUUCUUUUAUUGGAGUUUUGUUUUAUUCAGCUGUUUCAGUUUGCGACGGCGUACGGCGAUGCAUAGGACGUUUGUGAAUAUGGGAAGCUAGUGUCUUCCAGAGAGAGGAAUAGAAAGAAAGAGAGAGAGAGAGAGAUUAGUAAGAAGGUAAGGAGCGGAUAGAUAUUUCCCACCGUCAGAUGGAACCGGUGAAACUAGUAAGGGAUUUGUAGGAUAUGACUUGUAGAAAAUACCUUCUCUUAGCUAAUCGAACGAAUAGGUAGAUGACAUGUGGAGCGCGCUGUACAGCGGACGAAACAAUCAGGGCGUACCAUAAAUGCACCACAGCUCUGUUUUCCCAUGCCGAAAAAAAACCCGUCCGUAGAAAAACGAACGAAGCGAACGCGGGCCUCCAUAUUUUAAUCGCUUUACCAGGAACAAUAGAAUGGUUUAAAAAGAAACAGUAACAAUAAAAGAAGAAAACCCCCGUACGAAAACCAAA